CCCACUAGGGGACUGUGGAGAAAUGUAAAAGAAAACACCAGAAGCAUAAAGUAGGCUAAACUUCAUUCACCAUAACGUGCAACGGGACUGUGUUCAGAAGGAAAGGUAGGUCACACGAAGUCUUAAUUAUUGUUUCUUAAUUUGAUUUCAUACGGGUUUGGAUGAUGGAUGUUUGUAAAGUAUAAACGGCGUAGAGAGGAUGUGAACUUAAUAUUUGGCAUCGUAAAGACGUGGGAGAUUUCAAACGUCCAUCAAACCAUAUUUCACCAACAUGUAGCUUUUACUGGGGGGUGCCGGUGUUGUGUCGAAGUCUGUUCCCCCUAUGUUUACCCUUAGGUUAGUGUUCCCCGUAACGCUGUUAAACAUUAAACAUAGGGGGAACAGACUUCGACAGAACACCGGUGCAGCCAUUUAAAUCAUUCAGACUGUACUUCAACCUUUGUUUUAUUAGAGGUAAAGUUGAAACGCUACUGACGUGGUAACGAUCUCAUGUGAUCAUGGGAGAAACCUGUUACCUGUGCAAUUAAUAUAAUUUCAGGGCUUGAUAUGAGCCAAAAUGUCUUUUGGAACUCAAACAACUUUCUCGUACAUCAUGUGACCAGAACGACUUUCAUGAGUGUGUCAUACCGGACUUAAGCAAUAGCUUGUUAUUAAGUAAAUUGUCUUUGUUACAAAUACGUAUGUACCUACGUGAUUAUUUUUUUAAAUAAUUUUAUGUGGCUUUUGUUGUCAUUAUAUGGUUAGAAUGCACAUGCACGUUUCCCCCAACAGCAUUUAACUUUAUAAUAAAAACCUAUAGCCUUGUGUAGGUAAGGCAUAUGUUUUGUAUUGUAUACAUGGUAUUACAACUGUAUUGCAAACUGAUAAUAUUAAACAGUUAUUUUAAUAUAGUUAGAGACAGACAUAAAAACAUUUGAUCAGUAAGGUCAUUGUAAAAAAGUAACAAACCUUUAUUAAAAUAAAUAAAUACAAUAAAUUUAAAAGCUAAACGAAUGACAUUGCAAUCCAUGUGCCUCAGUGACUCAGUUCACAUUAUGAGAAAUCAGUUAUCCUCCUCCCAGUCGCUACUUUUUUCUCUCCCUGGUUUCACUUUUGAUAGUUCAGUUCACCCCCUUUCAACAGUCAAGAUUCCUAUGACUGUUUCUGUUCAGAGUCAGUGUGAUUAGAGUAUUGAAAGCACAUCUGUGGUGGUUCAUGAAGAUUGAAUGAUCCAUGAAUGAUAAACAGAGAUUCAGAGAUGCUGACACCUGUCCUCAAACCAGACCAAUCCUGUCAAAUAUGGAAGUCAAUAUGAAGAGUGAAUCAUCAAUGGCUAACCCACUACAGUAUAAAGACACAGAGUGUUUAACUGCAGAGAGCUGUUUGUCAAUGAAAAGUGAUUGGUCCAUGCAGGAUCCAAUAACGUUCAAAGAUAAUGGAACGCUUCCAUCAUCAAGUCUAUCCUUGUCGUUUCAAAGGAUGAUCCAGGAUUCAUCCAUUGCCUCGGUAACUAGCUGUGUGUCAAUAAAGAGUGGCUGGUCAAUGCAAGAUCCAAUAACAUUUACAGAUGAAGGCAUGCCUCCUUCUUUAAGGUCUUCCCAGGAGAAGUCCAAUGCUCCAGCACCCAGCUGUGUGUCCAUGAAGAGUGACUGUUCCAUGCGCCAUCCACUAAAAUUUCAGGAUCCAAAAAUGCCAUCAUCCAGUUCUGACUUUCCAGUUGAUAAUGCACAUGACACUCUCAAAUCAAAUCUGAGGAACAUAUUUCACUGUUUGCAUGAAGGAAUCUCUAAAAAGGGUGAUCUAACACCUCUCAAUGAGAUCUACACUGAGCUCUACAUCACAGAGGGUCAAAGUGGAGAAAUCAAUAAUGAACACGAGAUAAAACAGAUUGAAGCGGCAUUCAGGAGACCAGCAACUGAAGGAACACCUAUUAACUGCAAUGACAUCUUCAAACCCUUACCUGGACAAGAUCAGCCCAUUAAAACUGUCCUGACAAUGGGAGUCGCUGGCAUUGGAAAAACAGUCUCUGUGCAGAAGUUCAUUCUUGACUGGGCUGAAGGGAAAGCAAACCAGGACAUCCACCUCAUAUUUCCACUUCCUUUCAGAGAGCUCAAUUUGUUGAGGGACGAGAACUUAACUCUUACAGACCUUAUACACUUUUUAAUGGACAUAAAACAAAUGGAAAUAUCUCAAAAUGAAGGUAAAAUCCUUUUUAUCUUUGAUGGUUUGGAUGAGUGUCGUCUGUCACUGGAUUUUCUGAACAAUGCAAGGUUGAUUGAUGGAACUGAAUCUGCCUCACUGGACGUUCUGCUGACAAAUCUCAUCAAGGGGAAUCUGCUUCCAUCUGCUCUCAUCUGGAUCACGUCCAGACCAGCAGCAGCUGAUCUCAUCCCCUCUGAGUGUGUUGAUCGAGUGACAGAAGUACGAGGCUUCAAUGACCCACAGAAGGAGGAAUACUUCAGGAAGAGAAUCAGAGAUCAGAUCCUGGCCAACAGAAUCAUCACACACUUGAAGUCGUCAAGAACUCUCUACAUCAUGUGUCAUAUACCAGUGUUCUGCUGGAUUUCAGCCACUGUUCUAGAGAGAAUGUUGAGUGAAGCAGAGAGUGGAGAAAUCCCCAAGACUCUUACUCAGAUGUACACACACUUUGUCAACAUUCAAUUGAACAUAAAAACUGUAAAGUACCAAGAGAAGUCUGUGAAAGAUGAAGACAUGAUUUUCAAACUGGGGAAACUGGCUUUUCAGAACCUUCAUAAAGGCAAUCUGAUUUUCUAUGAAGACGAUCUGAGAGAGUGUGGCAUUGAUGUAACCGAAGCAUCAGUGUAUUCAGGAUUGUGCACUCAGAUCUUUAGAGAGGAGCUUGGACUGCACCAAGGAACAGUCUACUGCUUUGUUCAUCUGACCAUUCAAGAACAUAUAGCCGCCUUAUAUGUCUACCUUUCCUUUAUCAACAAUAAGACGAAUUUGCUUGAACAACAGACCACAUCAUCUUUGUUCUGUGAUCUAGAAACUUGGGGAAAGCAGAUGUUUGUAUCUGACCUGCUUAAGAUUGCUGUUGAUCAAGCCCUGGCCAGUGAAAAUGGACGCAUGGAUCUUUUUCUGCGUUUUCUUCUGGGCCUCUCAUUGGAGUCCAAUCAGGCUCUUUUACAAGGUCUACUGAAACAGAAAGGAGGUAGCUCCCAAUGCAAAGAGAAAACAGUUGCGUACAUCAAACACAUGAUCAUGAGGAAUCCCUCUCCAGAGAAGUCCAUCAACCUAUUCCACUGUCUUAAUGAACUGGGUGACCAUUCGCUCGUCAGGGAAAUUCAGCAUUAUCUCAAUUCUGGAACAAUAAGAGGAACUAAACUUUCCGCCUCACAGUGGUCUGCUGUCGCUUUUGUGUUGCUGACCUCAGAACAUAUGGGUGUGUUUGACUUGAGCAAGUAUGCCAGAAUGUGCAGUGACAUUGAUGAAGUUCUUGUGAGGCUGCUGCCUGUAAUUGAAGCAUCUAGAACAGCUCAGCUUUAUUAUUGUCAAUUGUCAGAGAAAUGUUGUGCAGCACUGGCCUCAGCUGUCAGUUCAAAGUUGUCAUGUCUGAGGGAGCUGAACUUGAAUGGAAAUAAACUUCAGGAUGAUGGAGGGAUGGCACUCUUUUCUGGUUUGGAGAGUCCUCAUUGUAAGCUGGAGAUACUGAGGCUUGCUAAUUGCAAACUAACAGACAAAAGCUGUGCAGUUCUGGCAUCCGCACUUCGCUCAGAGUCCUCGAGUUUAAGACAGCUGAACCUCAGUUAUAAUAACCUGCAGGAUACAGGACUGAAGCGACUCUCUGCUGGACUGGAGAAUCCAUCCUGUGAACUGGAGAGACUGAAGCUUUGGAAGUGUGGCUUCACUGAUAAAGGUUGUGCUGCUCUGGCAUCAGCUUUGGCUUCUAACCCUACCCAUCUGAAAGAGCUCUGCCUGGAUAGAAAUGAACUUAGAGAUACAGGAGUAAAACUGCUCUCUGAUGCAUUGAAGAAUCCCUACUGUAAAUUGGAGAUACUGAGUAUGGUUAGAUGUGGUGUCACAGAUGAAGGUUGUGCUGCUCUGGGUUCAGCUCUGAAAUCAAACCCCUCACACCUGAAAGAACUGAAUCUAGCUGAGAAUGAACUUGGAGACUCAGGAGUGAAGCUGCUCUCUGAAGGAUUUGAGAAUACUCAUUGCAAGUUGGAAAUGCUGAGACUGAUGUAUUGUGGCAUCACUCAUGAAGGUUGUGCUGCUCUGGCUUCAGCUUUGAAAUCAAACCUCUCAUCAAUUCUGAAAGAGCUGAAUCUGUCUGGGAAUAAACUAUCAAACUCAGGAGUGAAAUUGGUCUUAGCUGGACUCGAGAAUCCUCUCUGUAAACUUGAAAUACUAAAGUUGAUGUAUUGUGGUGUAACUGAUGAAGGUUGUGCUGCUCUGGCUUCAGUUAUUAAAUCAAACACAACAGAUCUGAAAGAGCUCUAUUUGGAUAACAAUGAACUCAGAGAUUCAGGAGUGAAGCUGCUCUCUUCUGCUAUGGAGAAUUCACACUGCAAAAUACAGACACUUAAACUUUGGGACUGUGGUUUCACAGAUGAAGGUUGUGCUGUUCUGGCUUCAGCUCUGAGAUCAAACCCCUCACACCUGAGAAAUCUCUAUCUGUUUGGCAAUAAACUUGGACAUUCUGGAACGAAGCUACUGUCUGCCUUAUGUGACGAUCCACAUAAUAAAUUGGAGAACUUUGAUUUAUACUAGAUGCUCUCUUAACUGGUUUGGAUUGAGACUGGAAUGUUGAAAUGAGGCAGAAACACAUGGGUGUGAGUAACACUGGAGACACAGUGACUGUAAUAUACUGACUGUAAUGCUUAAUCAUGCUUAAUAUGAAUUACACUAUGUUAUUAUUUGAGUAUUUGAUAAUCAUUGAUUUAAUUUUUCAUUUUCCUUUUACUGGUCAUAAAUUUCAGAUUUCAGGGAUUAGGGACUGUUUUAUUUCUAUGAAUUACAGAUCAUAUUUAUAUUUUUUUAUUCUUAUUUAGUUUGUUUGUUUGAUUGUUUUGCACCUAUUACUUGUCAUAUUUACUUGUCAACUAUAACAUUUGCGUUAAUAUUUGGAUGUAUGUUUACAAAAAUGUUCAAUUUAUUUCAGUGCUUGUUUUAAUGUUCUACAAAGAAUAUUUCAGGAAGCGACUCAACAUGAAAUAUUUUAUUUUUUAGUAUUUUAUUAGAUAUACAGGAUUAUUACAUGUUGACACAGUAAUUUCUGAAAACAGAAAAAGGCUUAGUAGACAAACAUUAUUCAGGUUUGUCAGUUUAAUUUCUGUUAUUUGACCCCCUCACACAAUGAGCCAAUGCUAGUUUAAUACUGCCAGUUUAAUGCUGUUUUGGCAGCAUGAGGGGGAUCUACACAAUAUUAGGCAGGUGGUUUUAAUGUUGUGGCUGAUCGGUGUAUAUAAUUAUAAGCAUUGCUCUUAUUUUAUUUUUCAGUCCACAUUUGUGCACUUAAACUACUUCAAAGAUGUCAUGGGAUCCUUAAGUUAUUUCAUUGGUAAUGCAAAUAUUGCCAUAUUUUGACUGUUAAAAAUCAUUGCUGUUACUUUUCACUAUUUUUGGCAUUUCAACAGGGGGCAUGGCAUCCUGUCUGCAGUCAAUGAUUACUAAACUUCUAAACAUUUUAUACCCCAAAUCAUUGUUUUAUUUUUUUAUUUUGAGGCUGUUAAUUAUACAUAUAUAUAUAUAUGCCUUAAUAUUUCAAAAGUUUCAGUAUUUUGGCUUUAACUUCUGUUCUGUUUGUUACGUUGGUUUGUUUAUAUGAUGACAGUGUUAGAAAUUACAGCAACAGGAAAAAUUUACAAUGUUACUGUCACAUUUCGAACAUUUUGCCCUUUGAUCUAAUAAAGGAUAAAAAAUGAAGAUUGGUCAAUGGUCAACCACUGACCUAUCAAAGCCAAUGAAUGAAAGUGGAUGAGAGCACUUUGGUUAGCUGUCAUUAGCAUUCUGUGUUUGUAGAUGUGUGUAGAACCAUAAGGAGAUGUUCCCUUAUAAGCAAUUCCUGAUGUUUAUGUAAGUUACAAUUUACGUGAUAUAUGUGAUAGUCGUAGAAUGACCAUAUACUGUUUGCACAAUUUUAUCAAUCUUACCAAGUAAAAUAACAGGAUUUAACAUUA